CAAAACACUCAACCACCCACUUUGCGUACUUGGAGUCGGCAACCUCGACGCAUUCCGACAACUCCGAGUAAGGUCUACACCAUUUCCAAGAUAUUUCGAUUCUGCGGCCUUAGAUCAUCAAACUUCCCUUCCAAACAUGGCGCCACGUGAAAGGGGAGUCCAUAAUCCCGCCCCAAACAAUAGGCUUGGGGUGCAAGGGCUCAGUCUCAGGCCCUCGAACGGCGACGCCAGCUCUUCCGACGAGGAAGAGUAUGACAGGGCGCUCGACACUAACCAUCCGGUUGGCUACCUUCACGGCUUGCGCGGUGAAGUCGUCAGGGUCAAGUUGAACUCGGGUCUUACCUUCAAGGGUAAACUCCAGUCCGUCGACGGUUACAUGAACGUAGCCAUCGAGGGAUGCCAUGAGUACCUCAAGGACGGCCUCAAAGGACGCUCGUGGGGAGAUGCAUUCAUUCGCGGCAACACUGUUACCUUCAUCUGUGCAGAAAAGGAUGUUCUCAACAUGGAACUGUGGGAGAAUUAGUGGAACUAGUAGCGAAACGAGCACACGAUCAUGAUACCUCGCAAGUUUUGGGCGUCCAGGUAGAUGGCCUUCACAAUUAGAAUACACAUCUUUUGAC